AUUGUGGCUGCCACUCACCACGGCCCAUUCAGUCGUAACCCUAGCAGGCCGCCACGACCACGAGGUGCAUCCAUGAGAGGAGAUCGAAGGAAACUCCAAUUCCAGUCGCCCCCAUCCGUUGCUCAUCUCACCAGAAGCGAAGCCGGAGGAGGGAGGAAGGAGAUCACGAGCAGCCAGAGCCGGAGGCCGAGAGGAUGAAGACGUUCGACCCGUGGCCGGUCUUCUUCCACCGGGAGUGGAAGCGCAACUGUCCCUUCCUCACGGGGUUCACCAUCACCGGCUUCAUCAUCACCAAGAUGACAGCCAACUUCACCGAGGAGGACCUCAAGAACUCCAAGUUCGUCCAGUAACACAAGAAGCGCUGACCAACCGGAAACAUUUUUAGUCUAUUAGCUCAGCGGGAGCUCUCACCUCGAACAAAAAACCAAGCAAAAAAUCUUUGGACCAAACCUCCAAGACUUGAUGCUUGUCCUAUUGAAUCGAAAUUUUGGGGCACCUAUGCUCAGCAUGAUCUCCUUUCUUGGGCUGAAGCAGAGUUCUUGCAUUGGUGGAUUCCCAAAGAUUGCCCUCUCACGCCUUCUUCGAAGGCAACUAUUGCAGCUGCAUUUAGUACAGAUGGGAGAGUACUUGCAUCUACACGCGGUGACCAUACUGUCAAAAUAAUUGAUUGGCAAACUGGGAAAUGCUUGAAUGUACUGCUUGGACAUCACCGCACUCCAUGGGUGGAAGAGGAGCUGGAAGCAAGGAUCAGAUUGCUUGAAGUGUGAAAAAACGAUUACUCGCAUGCAUGGUAGCUGUUGGCGUAACACCCAGCCGGUGGAGAGAAUUUAGUUUGCUAGAUGAAUCGUUAUACUUUUGCAUGUAAUAGAACUGAAAUAUCACUUCAAAAUUUAGGAAACAUGUAUGCUAUUAUUUUUAUAUGUCCAUCACAGAAAGCGUGUUCUAAACAAAUAUAUGUUGGAAUCCAAACGUAUAUUUUGAGCUA